UGAAUAGCAGUCUCUAUGGUGUCGUACAGUGAAAUGAUCAUGCCUAGCUGACAAGAGCUGGUUUGGACGCCAGAAGACAAUAACAGGCCAACUGUAGAGGAGUAUGCUGCUCAACAAUGAGGAUGAUCUUUGCUGACGCUCACAUCUAAACAGUCAGGAUGACAUUACCAAAGACAGUUGGAUAUGUGGCUGUUCUUCUGGUUAUAUGCAUCAGUCUGGAGAACUGGAGAUACAGACAGCCUCUGAAUGUCGUCUUUCAGGAACCAUCGAGUUCAGAAACAUCCCCCAUUCACAUCAGAGAAAAACGAGAAACUUCUGUAAAUUCCACUGAUCAUGAGGUCCAGGUUGUUAUAAGUAUCUCAGACCUGGACAGCAUCAAACUGAUUCUGGCCAAUCUCAUGUUUCCUUUACGGAUCGACAACUCUACAGAAAUCGUCAGCAUUGAGACCACAACAGUGUGUUCAGUAAAUACGACUGGAUACCAGUGCAGAUGUGAGGAGAGCUUUGCUUGGCCUCUCAACAGCUGCAUUGACCACGGGGCCUGUGAUAGCAUCAUUGAUGACACGUGUGGAUGCAUUAAUGGCCUCCCAGUAGACGGCCAGUACUGCCAGUCAAACACCAGUCAAACAGUGACAACACCAACGACAACAACGACAACAUCAAACGACCCAAAAUAUCAAUAA